AAACCCUAUUCCGUGAUAUUCCCUUCCUGACCCGGCACACGAAUUGUGCACCAUUCUGCUUCUCCUGAAGCCCCAAACAUUAUCCACAAAGGAGGAACGGAUGACCGACCAUUAUCCAAUCCUCGGCUACAUUCCUAGGAAGAAUUUUCGUUUGCUGUUUCUGUUCCAUACACUGCGUCCAUCCUUCUGGAUGUCCCUCGCAUUACUAUGGGUUUUACAGAGGUUUAUCCUACUCACUGGUUUGUUCUCCAUCUUCAGUUUCCAUUUGAGUUGUUUAUAGCUUUUCAAAGACUUCUGUUCAGGUUGGUUGUGAGUUUAGAGGUCGAGUUGCUAAACCGGGAGGGUUUCAGUUGGGAGUGAAUAGGGUUUGUUUUCGCGCGGUCUUUUGUGCUUUCCGGUCAUCUUGCGUAGCAGCUUGGGAGAGGCGUGCUGCGAAACAAGUGCUUCUGGUUGGUGUUAGUUGUAGUCCACGCUGUUCGUCCUUGCGCUUACUUGAGUGUUGCUUGGAAUUGUUCGCGAGAUGUUGGGACUUAUAAUGCGCCUUAGAAUAGUAUAGCUGCGAGUCUGAUUUUCUCUCGCUAACUCUUUAUCGGUUAUAAACUUUCCGACGACGUGUAUUCCUUUAGCAUGACUGAAAGAACAUUGGUAGUACAUACUAGUGCGCAUAAUUUGCAUUUUUGGAAGAUUCACUUGCUUCAAGCCAUAAUUACAGAAUACAGAUCUCCAAGCUCUCACACAGUUUUGUCCCAAAGAAUGUGACGAGAAGAGAGGGCAUAUCUACAUUUUCUCAACUGAAUCGGAGAGUUUUAGUUAUAUCUAGCCUCAGCAGCAUUCGAAUUUGAAAGAUAAGGUUCUAGAGGAGGCUGUUUUUCAAGGUGGGGAUGGACAAUCUGCGUCUUUGCUGUCGCGCUGAUUGCGUCAUGGCUGGUGUUGGCCUGCUUAAGCCCGGGUGCGGCAUUGUUUCUUCUUGCCCUGCCCCUGCUUCCGUGUCUACCAACUCCGCUGCGUCUUAUCGGUUAACAGCGUGUCGCUGUGCGGGCUCUUCAACUAAAAGCGAGCGGAAGCAAGCCAAAAACGAAAGAUCAGCAGCUAGAAAAGAGCUCCAAAGGAGUAUUCAAGGAAAUCCACCGCGCAGGGUUGGGAAGAAAGUUGUUCAGAAAGAUAAAGAUGAUUUGAAGGAAAUUACAAGCACGGUGUUACCUUAUGAAGGUGCUUUUUCAGUGUCUGCUCUCGAACCUAGAGAAGAAUACUCGCCCCAAGACGGUGUUCUCAGACUUAAAGAUUUACGUAAACAAAAAAAAGUGGCUGACUCUCAAAUACAGAAUGAGCCUUUGGUAGAAGCUGUGAGCGAUGGUGCUUCAGGCGAAGGAAUGAUGGCAGCAGAUAGAUUUAGAGAUCCUGUGGAAUUUGACGAAGCGGACAGCAAGUCCGCAGAAGAUGAAUUUCAUGACGAUAUUAUUCCAGCCGUUGGGAAUUUUGCAAAAUUCGGCACCAUUGCAGAUGAAACGGAAGAAUUCGAGGAUGAAUCGAUAAUGGAUUUUUAUGAUAACUCUCAGGACCUUGAGUUUGAAAAUAAGCCUUCUGCGAGGCCUUUCGGGGGAGAUGAAGAAGAAGAAGUAGAAAUGGAGAGCAUUUGGGUAGAUGGAGGUGCACCGAAAAGAAGAGGAGGAAUGUCUAUUGAAUAUGUAGAAGAGAUUUCGGAGCUUACAGAUAAGGAAAAGCGGGGUGUGCCAGCCGUAAUGCGUUGCUUUGAUAGGGCGAAGAUUUAUGUCAAAGCUGGGGAUGGCGGUAACGGUGUAGUGGCAUUCAGAAGAGAGAAGUACGUACCCUUCGGUGGUCCAUCUGGUGGUAGUGGCGGUCGAGGUGGAGAUAUUUACAUAGAAGCGGACACGGCUAUGAAUUCUUUGUUGCCGUUUCGCAAACAAGUGCAUUUCCGAGCUGAUCGAGGUGCUCAUGGGAAGGGAUCAAGCAGAGAGGGUGCCAACGGCCCUGAUUGUGUUGUGAAGGUACCUGUGGGUACCGUUAUUAGAGCCGCAGAAGGGCAAGAUGUUGGUAGCGAAAGGGAGAUUCUUCUGGAGCUGACCAAACCAGGACAGAAGGAAUUAUUGCUGCCAGGAGGACGAGGUGGUCGGGGCAACGCUGCCUUUAAGACAGGUCGUAACAAGGCUCCACAGCUGGCAGAGUAUGGCGAAGUUGGUGCAGAAAUGUGGAUAGAAUUGGAGCUGAAGUUAGUCGCCGAUGUUGGAAUUGUUGGUGUCCCUAACGCUGGAAAGAGCACACUUUUAAGUGCCAUUAGUGCUGCAAAACCUACAGUUGCUAACUAUCCUUUUACAACGCUGUUGCCGAACUUGGGGGUUGUGCCCAUUGGUUACGAUGCGUCAAUGGUAGUUGCCGAUUUGCCUGGUCUCUUGGAAGGCGCUCAUCAGGGUAUUGGCUUAGGUCAUGAGUUCUUACGUCAUACGGAACGCUGCAGCGUACUUGUCCAAGUGGUAGACGGCACUUGUACACAGGCUUUUGAGGAGUAUGAAGCAAUUCGGUUAGAGCUUCAAUUAUUCAAUCCUGAGCUGGCUGAGAAACCGUUCGUUGUAGCUUACAACAAAAUGGAUACGCAGGAGGCUGUUGAUCAAUGGCCAUCGUUUCAAGAGUCUUUAGAAAAGCAAGGAAUCAAGGCUUUUCCUAUGAGUGCCGCCACGCAAGAGGGAACCAUGGCAGUGGUUUACCAGGCCUAUGAACUCCUUGAAAGCCGGAAAAGGGCGUCCCUUGAUGAGGAAAAGGUCAAUGAGGAUACCGAACAAGUAGGAGAUGUGGUGAAGAAAAUAAGGGAUGCUCCGAUUGAGAAAUACGAGAUUAUCAGUGACAAGCGCACUCGGACAUGGGAAGUUAAAGGAGCUGGUUUAGAUCGAUUCACGCAAAUGACUAAUUGGGAGUAUUUUGAGUCAGUUCGCCGGUUUCAGCAUGUCUUGAUUGCCAGUGGCGUCAAUAGAUCACUGCGAGAACAAGGAGUGAAAGAGGGUGACACUGUGAUUGUUGGCCAGAUGGAGUUCCAUUGGAAAGACUCAGAUGACGUAAAUAAUUUGGGUGACUGGAAGAGGAGCCCUCGAGGCUCUAAGGUGUGGCCUCAUUAAUCUCUUUCCUUCCUAGAUUCAACUUAGGAGACUAUCACCUAGCGAUAGUACUACCCAUUCUUAUAUGGAAAAGCUGUACCAUACAUCAGACUGAAAUACACCAUUUCAAGUGUGCAGAAUCUUUUCACUA